AUGUAUGUUCUGUCUGCGAAGAACAAACGUGUUUCGAUUCAGCUUUUGGGAGGUGACAAGAUCCAGGACAAGUUAAGUCGGCUUAAUGAGCUUACGAGUGCUUCUCUUCCUUUUCUUGGUGUUAGCUGUCUUGGAGUUUUAUCUGAUUUGGCCUCAGUUCUACCCAAUUUGAAGCUACUGGACUUGACUGGAAACUUGAUUUAUGACUGGGAAAAGAUGAGAAUUAUGAAGAUUAGUUUUGUAUUGAGAGAAGGCCUGAGCAAGUUGGUAGUGGUCGACCUCUUCCAUCUCCAAAAGCAGAAGAUGAUCCUUAAGAAAUUUUCCAGGUCCAACCAGCGAUCAAUCAGCUCACUAAGUCUGGCGACAAGGAUCUUGCCUCUUCUCUACCCUGCUGUGUUCAUAGUUUGA